AAAGUCAUAGAAUUCAAUGGCUGAUUGCCAAACCAAACUAAACAGACUAAACUGGACUUAUUCUGAUGUUGUCAACAGGUAAGUCCACUUCUUGCAUCUUUUUCUCAGCCUUUUAUCCGUCUUCAUGGCGGGAAGUCAGAGGUCAUCCUCCACGCUGAAGGAAGACCCCGGCAGAUGUGUGACGCUCUGACAGCUGGCUCAGCAGCUUCACCGCAGAGAAGAAAGCUCCGAAUCUGUUCGCCUUCAUUUUUGUUUUGUUUUAAUCUCCACAUUAAGAGGAUUGUGUUUAAAAUGCAGUCAUGAGAGAAGAUACACAUGCAGAUGUUGCAGGGGCGUGCACACACACGUGUGCAUGCACACACACACACAGGGUCCAAAGCCAUCUCUCUGUGUAAUACACACUAAUCCCGACCGGGUCAAAGGAAGGAUUCCUGAUCCAAAGAGAGUGCUCUGCCGGGACUAAUUGUUUUAAUUUUAGAUUUAUGCUAAAUAUUACAGUAAAUGUUAAACGGAUGAGGGGGAGGGGGGGGUGCACAAACUGGAAAAUGUCACAUGUGAAGGAAGGACUCAAGUCCUGCAAAAGCCCCACAUCUGUCAUGUUGGUGUGACAGUGGGUGGGGUAGAAAAUGUGUGGGGGGGUGGGGGUUAAGAACUGGGCUUUGAGGGAAGAAGCUAAAGAAAAGAAAGGACCCAUCUGUUCCUGCGGCGGCAGAUCAAGAGAGCGUCGGCCGGGGUCGGACGGACGGACGGAGGGAGGCGGGGGACGGGGCUCGUUUGGUGCUGCUGCUUUUGGUCGGUGUGGAGAGUUCUCCUUCCUCCAAGAGAAGAAUAAAGCUUUGUGUUCCAACAACAUGCAGCCAAGAUGAAGCUGUGGAUUAUUUUCCUCUUACUGAGCCAUGGAUUGAUGAAAGCAGCCUCUUCUGCUGGUGUGACCCCAACGACCUCUUCUGAGGCGAGGCCGAAGCCCACUGAAGAUGGCAGCACCAUGCUGGUGAACUGGUUGACAAAGUAUGGCUACCUGCCACCUUCAGACCCUUCCACAGGUCAGCUGCAGGCCUGGACAGCUGUCACUAAGGCCCUCAGAGCCAUGCAGAAGUUUGCAGGCCUCAAAGACACUGGAGUUUUAGAUGAAGAAACCGUGGCGCUGAUGAAAAGUCCACGUUGUUCUCUCCCUGAUGAGGAGGAGUCAUUGAAAUCGUCGGCUCACGAAGAGGGAAAAGAGGCCAGGAGGAAGAGGAGUACGGUCUCAAUGUGGACCCGCAGGAACAUUAACUGGAGGGUCCAGUCUUAUCCCUCCUCUUCUCAUCUGUCCCGUGAGAUGAUUCGCUCGCUGGUCUUCUAUGCUCUCAGAGUGUGGGCGGAUCCCAUCCCCCUGGAGUUUCAUGAGGUGGGCAGUCCAGAGUCAGCUGACCUGCAGGUGGACUUCCUCCAUGGUUACCACGGGGACAGCUAUCCCUUUGAUGGGGCAGGGGGUGCGGUCGGCCACGCGUUCUUCCCUUCAGACCCCGCCCGGGCGGGCGGGGUCCACCUGGAUUCAGAGGAGCAGUGGGUUUUCAGGCAACCAGACUCAGAGGGAACCGACCUGUUCACGGUUCUGAUCCAUGAGUUUGGCCAUGCUCUGGGCCUGACUCAUUCGUCCUCCAGGCACUCUGUGAUGCGGCCGUAUUACCAAGGCCCUGCAGGAGAUCCCCUUCACUACCGCCUGGGACACCAGGAUCUGGAGUACAUCACCCAGCUCUACGGGAGACGGAAUCAGCCGCUCGCUUCGGAAACUCCUCGCCUCACAGCAGACCCUCAGCUGCGCCACAGGAGCAACCCUCCUCACCAUCCUCACCAUCAUCAUCAUCAUCAUCAUCACAGACAUGGUCCUUCCAUAGACCGCUGUAACACCAGUUUUGAUGCCGUGGCAAAGAUCAGAGGAGAAACUUUCUUCUUCAAAGGUCUGACCAUGUGGCGAGUCAACAGUGGGGGGUUGGUGUCGAGGCGGGGGUCUUCGGUCAGGAGGCUGUGGAGGGCACUGCCGCCUGACCUGCCCCAGCUUGAGGCGGUGCUAGAGAGGCCUUCUGACAACGCCAUCCUCUUCAUCAGUGGCUCGCAGUUAUGGCUGUUCAGAGACCUGUCCCUGCAGGAUGGCUACCCCCAGCCCCUGCCUCACCUCGGGAUGGGGGUCAGUUUGCCGAGAGGAGACGGGGAGGAUAAAGAAGAAAAGGAACCUCAGAGGUGGGGUUUGCAAUGGGACACAGAGGAGGGACCGGUGUGGGGAAAGCUAGGAGACGGACAGAAGCAAGAAGACGUGUGGUCUCAGCUGAUCCAGGAGGGCGUAAACGGCAUCACCACAGACAGUGACGGCUCCAUCUACAUCUUUAAAGAAGAUUCCUACUGGAAGUUCAAGUCUCCAGGUUCUGCGCCUCUGCAGGGAUACCCACGAUCCUCUGCUGCGGACUGGCUGGACUGCGCGGACGCUUCACCCCUACCCAGUGUGGGUGACAUCUCCCUCGUGUCGCCUGCGGGAAGGCAGGAGCUCAGGGAGCGACGAAGGGACGAGGAAAAGGAGGAGGAAGCUGUCAGAAGAAGAAACAGACACGAACAUGAACCCAAAUACAGACAGGACGCCGCGCUGUACAGCUGGACGCAGUGCACGUGCCAAAGUGGAGCUCUGAGUCACAGCAGCGGACCAUUGACUUGUGUCUAUCUCCUCACGACAUGGAUACUUUUGAAUUUCUAAAGGCAUUUCUUCAUCUAAAAGCCCCCAUGGAUGGAAAUGAAGCAUCGGUUAAUUUAUGGUUUUACCGAAUGCUAGCCUGCUGAUUGAUUUGUCUCCUUUUUGGAAAGGGAGUCACCUUCACUCAAACUGAUAAAAAACAAAGGAAGGAAUCUGAAACCAGAAAUGGCACAGUCUUGAGUUUACACCUGUUCCAAUAGUUACUUUUGCUGGUGCUUUUUCUUUUUAAUAAUUUCAGUGAGAAUGUAAAAAGACUGAGGACUGGAAACAUUUGGUUCACUUUAGGUGAACCAGAGUUGGUUUCCCCCGAUAAUAUGGAACACAUUUUCAGCUUAAAUACACCCAAGCAGACCCUGAUCCUGGAUCAGGAAACACACUCUGACACAUCUUUGGAAGUGGUUCGUUUCUAAUCGGACUGAGCUUUUUGGUUUGUUCUGGGAUUCCUCAGUCUGAAUGGUCUCUGUGCUCGGGGCGGAACAACUGGACCAAAACGGCUGCCGUGUACGCAACGUAGACAGAGUAUUGCAGCAACGAUGAGACUCAGCAACUCCUUGAAAUGUGGUCGGAUGAAUGCAGGCUCAAUAAAACAACUUUUAACGCGACACAAAUUGCUUCUCGACAACCUAUAUAUCAUAAACCCUUAUCAGUGUUCCUUCUUUGACGUCUCCUCAGUAACCGCCCUGCAGCACAUGUUGAUAUACGUUCAGAAUCUAAAGUUUAAAUAAGUGAACUACCCCAGCAAGGAUUGGAAAGUGGAGGACUUCCGUUAUUCUUUCUCUUGCUGCUUUGCCCCGCCCCUCGUAAUGCCUGGCCAAUGACUUGAGAGAUCUUGAGUCACAUGGUUUUGUUUACAAGCUUGUCUUGGGAAUCUUGAAAAGAAAAUCAAUGGAAACAUGUUCUGGCAUUUCUAUUAAACAAGAAAUCUUAAAAGGAAAAUAUCAAAAUCUAGAAACCAGGAGUUCCAAAUAAGCACUGAAAAUGGGAAAAUAAGCUCAAAAAGCAAGUGUUCGAUAAAAUUACUUCAAAUUAAACGUCGUACAACCCAAUUUUCUUGCUAGUCUCAGCAGAUGGUUUGUAUCAUGUGUGUUCAUUUUGUGAGAGAGACAAAAUACAAGUGUAUUACCUGGAAAUGACUCAUUUUAGAGCAAAAUGUGAACAAAAUGAGAAUCUUAGUACAAGUUGGCCCAUCUUCAUAAAUCUUAAUAAAAUCUAAAACUAGUACUUAGAAUAUAAAUGUACAUUUUUGCUACCCAAAUAUUGAUGAUAAAUCCCAGUUUAGCUUGUCAACAUUUACUGAACCUCAAAAUAAUAAUGAACCAAACAUUACAGUGCAAUUUAAGUAAUUUUUCUUAGUUUAAAAUGAAGCUUUUUCUAUUUUCAAGAGUUUGGACCAAAAAUAUUUUGACUCAUUUUAAUAAUAAUUUCCUUGUUUCUAGAUCUUCACUCUUAAUGAGAAAAAAAGUUCUGAAAAAAGCUUGGAAAGGUGUGAAAACAACUUAAAACCUGGUAAAAAAAAUAAUAAUCUUGAAUGUCUAAAAACAAGGUUUUAAAUCUUUGCAAGCAUCAAUAGUUCUCUGUGGUCAUAUAGAUAUGAAAAAAAACUGAAUGUGGUUAAAAUUUGUAAUUUUCUUUAUGUGUAAAGUUUUUUUUUCUUUUUGAGAGAUAACAAUCUGAGACCGUGAUGUUACAUCAAUCCCUCCACUUACUCCUAACACCUUCUUCCUACAGGUGGCUUUUUGUGCCUCCUGUGUAAUCUCUUUCAGACUUUUAUUUUGAAGUGCACUGCAUCUGUAAAGAGCCAGGAGAGAACAAAUUCAGUUGUGUUUGUUGUGUUUUGUUUGCUAAUAUACUAGUAAAAUGUAUUUUAAAAACAAAAACUUUACGGAACAAUAAAGAGAAAAAACACAUAAUGAGGAGACAGUGAAACUCAGCUGCUUGCCUUCUAUGUGACAAAAGUAGUUUAAUUCUUUAGGAGGUAAAAUAUGCUCCACUUGGCUGUGACAGCUCCUGGUUGAACAACAUCCCUUGUUUUGCACAGCUUUUGGAGUUUUUUUGUUUUGUUUUUAGCUCCCACAUCCACUCCCUAAAAUAAAAUGAAUGAAUUAGGAAGACAUCACAGAAAAUGUUUCCACACUUUAGACUGGAAUGAUGGCUAGAUCAUUUUUUUUGCUGUGUUGCCCGCUGUCAUGGGAUUUUUUGUUAUCCUGAAAAUAAAACUACCGUGCCUCCAACGAAAUGGUAUUUUCCAAAUCAAUUAAACGUCAUUUUAUUUUAUUUUAAACGGAUUUUAUAAUGGUUUAAGUCAAUUGAAUUUGAUUUGAUUACCAGCUUGCCUCAGACAGAUAAAUCUGAAUGGAUUCAUCGUUACACCCCCAUUAGCUCUAUUGUAUCUACGCUUAAGUUCAACCUCUCAGUUGAAUAUCUGACAAAGUAAAAUACGACUAAGGCCGUGUCCCAAUUCACUCUAACACCUAAAAAUGUAUUUGGUGCCGGACUUAAAUCCAAAUCGGACACAUGGUCUCUACAUUUUUUUAGACGCCAAAUGUGGCACCACCAAUUUGUCGAAGUGAAAUCCUAAUAAUAGUUAUGUAGACCAUGAAUCCACAAUGUUUUGAUGUUAAAAUUUGGAUAAUUUCUAAAAAGUUUGUUUUUUCAAAUGACAAACACAAUGCAUUGUGGUCCAUAUCCACCAACGUAGUGAGAAUUUAUGCACAGAGGUUGUGUCCAAAUUCCUUCCCUACUCACUAUAUAGUGCACUCUGUAGUGCGUUCGUCAUUUUGUAGUGCUGUCCGAAUCAAUUCCAAAAUCCAGUGCCCUAGAAAUUUCCUAGAAGUCUCUGCGGAAAACCUGUGUGCAUCGAUGCUCACUACAUUGGCUGA